AGGAGAGGAAGAGCUGCCGGAAGUAGGCGGUGGAGGUUGUGGCCCGGCGGACAGCAGCUACCUGGGAACUGGGGUGCGGAACUCGCGGUCAGCAGAAAAGGCAGGCUGGGGGUUGUCUCGGUGUUCGGCACCCAGCAGGCCGAGGUCUCCUUUUUCCUAGGCCAAGGGUCUCUGGUCCAGGAGCCGCCGCCGGACCCGGGCCUUUCCUUGAGCCGGCCAGGGGACAUCACCGUGAGGGACUGCGGAGCGGGGCUCGGACGUCGCUGACAGAGCGGGGGCUCGGGAUUAGGCUGGAGGAGCAGGUUCUCUCUGGCUAGGGAGCUGCUCUGGGCUGGGGCCCGGUAGUCCUCACCUCGGGCUGGGACAGGGGUCUCUGGGGGCGAGGGGGGCGAGUCGCCCUCUGCCCCCGCUGGCACCCUGGCUAUGACUGGCAAGUCAGUGAAGGACGUGGACCGGUAUCAGGCGGUCCUGGCCAACCUGCUGCUGGAGGAGGAUAACAAGUUCUGCGCGGACUGCCAGUCUAAAGGGCCACGAUGGGCUUCCUGGAACAUUGGUGUGUUUAUCUGCAUUCGAUGCGCUGGGAUCCACAGGAAUCUGGGGGUGCACAUAUCCAGGGUAAAGUCAGUUAACCUUGACCAAUGGACUCAAGAACAGAUUCAGUGCAUGCAAGAGAUGGGAAAUGGAAAAGCAAACCGACUUUAUGAAGCCUAUCUUCCUGAGACCUUUCGGCGACCUCAGAUAGAUCCAGCGGUUGAGGGAUUUAUUCGAGAUAAAUAUGAGAAGAAGAAAUACAUGGACCGAAGUCUGGACAUCAAUGCCUUUAGGAAAGAAAAAGAUGACAAAUGGAAAAGAGGGAAUGAGCCAGCUCCAGAGAAGAAAAUGGAACCUGUUGUUUUUGAGAAAGUGAAAAUGCCACAGAAAAAAGAGGAUCCACAGCUACCUCGGAAGAGUUCUCCUAAAUCCACAGCACCAGUCAUGGAUUUGCUGGGUCUUGAUGCUCCAGUGACCUGCUCUAUCACAAAUAGUAAGACAAGCAAUACCCUAGAGAAGGAUUUAGAUCUUUUGACCUCUGUUCCAUCCCCAUCUUCUUCAGUUUCCAGAAAGGUGGUAGGUUCCAUGCCCACUGCAGGGAGUGCCAGCUCUGUUCCCGAAAACCUGAACCUGUUUCCAGAACCAGGGAGCAAGUCAGAGGAAGCAGGCAAGAAGCAACUCUCUAAAGACUCCAUCCUUUCACUGUAUGGAUCACAGACACCUCAGAUGCCUGCCCAAGCAAUGUUCAUGGCUCCUGCUCAGAUGGCAUAUCCUGCAGCCUAUACCAGCUUCCCUGGGGUAACGCCUCCUACCAACAUCUUGGGGAGCAUGAUGCCCCCACCAGUAGGCAUGGUAGCUCAACCAGGUGCCUCUGGAAUGGUUGCCCCCAUUGCCAUGCCCACAGGCUAUAUGGGUGGCAUGCAGGCAUCAAUGAUGGGUGUGCCAAAUGGGAUGAUGGCCACCCAGCAGCCUGGCUAUAUGGCAGGAAUGGCAGCUAUGCCUCAGACUAUGUAUGGGGUUCAGCCAGCUCAGCAGCUACAAUGGAACCUUACCCAGAUGACUCAGCAGAUGGCUGGGAUGAACUUCUAUGGAGCCAAUGGCAUGAUGAAUUAUGGACAGUCAAUGAGCGGCGGAAAUGGGCAGGCAGCAAGUCAAACUCUCAGUCCUCAGAUGUGGAAAUAAAAACUAGACACCAGUUUAGUUUUUAUUUUAAAAACUAGCUGCCAGUCUCUUCACCCUUGCUCUCCCUCUGUCUCGUGUUUUCCCAUCCCCUUUCCCCUCUCCACCCCCCCUUGCCUACCUCUACAUUUGGUUUAGAAAUUAUUCAAUAAUUCAUUAAGGUUUGGCAUCCUGCCCAACCUAGCCAAUUCUCAAACAUGCAGACCUCUCUGUUGCUUUAUGUUGUUCAUGUCUGAAGCCAUCCCAGCACUCCCAGCCAUGGCCUUUAUUCUGUCCUGCACCAGCACCUUAGAAAUUGUUGGCAGAAGGCACUUAAACUGUGGGGAUAAUGCAUACAUCUUUCAGUACCUUCCCUUGAGGCUGAACCUGUCAGGGACUCAUAUAGUUUGGAGGAUUGUGUAUGAGGAGAGAGCAGAGGGCCUCCUACAUGUUAAUAGGCUGUUGUCACAUGUUUGAACUUUCAAUUGAAGAGGAAAGCAUCCUGUUCUCAUGCUUUACGUGAAUGAAGAAACAACUGCAAUCACAUUAAAUACUUCUCUGGUCUUGGAUCAGGUUGACCCUAGCCUUGGGGUGAAGCAAGCCCUUCCCUAAAAAGAUGAGCAAAAAUACUACUCUAUUUGUCCCAAGUUGCUUUCUCGGCCUGGGGCUUUAGCACUUCCUGCUUCAGUCACCUUUAUGAGCACCAAAGACUCUGAAGGUCCUACACACAGACCUUCACUGCCUCCAGCAGGAUCCAGCACUUCCUAGGACCGCAGAGCUCAGUGUGUGCACUGCUUGUGUGUGCAUAUGCGUGGAUCCCUUGUCUUGCCCCUCCCCUUCUGCUCUGGUAUUUUUGUUUUUAAGUUUACAACAGGGGGGGAGUUAAUUUAUCAACAGCUGAAAACUAUUGCCAGUUUUUCUUACAGUUUAAAAAAGAUUAUGGUCUCACAGAUAGCUCCCUGUCUCAUUCCCUCCCUCAGCCCAGGGACUUGGGGACUCUGUUGUCCACCUAUUCCAGGUGAUGAGGCAGAGUCUGGGCAGCUUUCUUCUCAUCCAUUAUUAAUCCUGUCUGAAAAUUCAAGCAAGAAAACUUUGCUUAAAAGACUUCAUGUGUGGGAACUACAAUGCCUGGUUGCCUUUCUCCUGUGUAUGUGUAAAUUCCUCAAUAAAUAUUGCAGGGAAGGCCCA